CAGCAUAUGAUGCAUCACCUUUGAGUACAGAGCUGUGCUCUUGAUAACUCUGCCGGGCUUCUGGACUCCAUCGACUGGUGCCAUCAAACAUACUCAUAAUGUCAUCAAGUUGUUUAAUUUUCAUUGGGUUGGUUUUGACCUCAGUUGCUGCAAUGAAAACAACCCCGGGUAUCGACAUUUCAACUGUCAACGAUACUAUAACUGGUUACUCUGAUAUCACCACUGAAACACCCCUCCCUACUACCAACAGCAUUGGAAACAUCUCUGAAAUCCAAACUACCAGCGAAAGCAUGACUGAAUCUGCUAAGAACAGAAGUAACAUCCCAACCCAACCAGAAAACAGCAACGGGACUAACAAGAGCAAUUCUGAAAGUAUCAGCCCUACAACUACUGUAUUCAUAGCGCCUUCAACUACGCCUGCUCCCUACGCAGAAAAAACAGAAACUUCUACAAAGACGAAUCCACCCACUACCCCAAAGAGUAAAGGUUCCUCUGCAGGCAGUAAUGCAGGCAUCAUCCUUCUGGUCGUAAUCCUGAUUCUACUUCUGGGAGUUGCAUUUGCUUGUUUCGUGGCACGGAGAAGAGGAAGGGUCUACUCAAUGAAUGUUCCCCCCCAACCUGAUGAAAACAUCCCUCUCAGCACUGUAGAGCCUGAACUUAUUGUUGAGGCUGCGCCCCAAAACGGUCUCAAAACCUUUGAAAGCACAGAAACACAGGCCGCAAAGGAGCCACAAGAACCAGAAGUUGCAACUGAAACACAUGCAGAGAAGAAAGAAGAGGCUGCCCCAUCUGCUGCUGCACCCAGCUCUGAGCCUGCGGCUCCACCUGAAGCUCCAGCUGCAGCUGUUCCAGACAAUACUCCUGAAGCUCCGCCUCCGGACAGCUCAGAAGAGAAACCGAAGGUGGAUGAUGCAAAGCAAAGCCCCCCUGCUCCUGUGGACCCCUCUGCAGAUGAGAAAACUGAUGAUGAAGGUGUAGCCUCCAACAAGACUUCUGUGGAGUCACUGAAGGAGACGAACGAGAACAACAGCAACAGCCGCAACUUCAGCUUUAGUCAGAGAAGAGGUAUUUAUAGUUGA